AUGUGGGACUGUGAAUCAUCAACAUUCUAUGCUUAUGGUCAAAGCACCACUACUGCUCCGGACUUUCAUGCUACCAACUCCAAUGUCGCCGUCCUUAGCAAUGGUGUAGGUGUAGCUGCUUGUUCAGAUUCUACCAGGCUUCAUGGCCCGACAAGCGGUAGCAGCAGCAAUGGUGCUGAGGGAUAUGGAGGAACAGCGAACUCGUUAGCCAACUUCUGCACCAAUAUCACUGAGACUGACGAUGCGCUGAAGCAGGUCCGUGGAGGAGGUUUUCUUGCCGAGUUUGAGAGGGAUGACGAGGAGAUGGUGGUAGAGGAGGGAGGUGCUUCCUGCAGUACAAAUGGAGACAUUAGUCCGCUUGGCGAAAUGAAAGUGUGCUCUAAGGCCAAGUGCACUCACACAAGUAACAAUGGAACGGACGCUUUAGCUAAUGGAAAUGAGACUGCUAGUGUGUGGGUGAGAUGA